GCAAACACCAUCAAAACCAUACACGUGUACGGUAGUGAUCCCUCCUUUUGGUCUAUAAAUAGAACCCCACGAUCACACUGGAAGAUCAUCAAGCUUUCAGUGAAUUCAAUCAAGAACACAAUCUAGUACUCACCGAAUCAACCUCAAAACCUUCGAAUCAUGUCAAGCGGAAAGUGCAGCUGUGGCUCAAACUGCUCAUGCGGCAGCGGUUGCAACUGCAACUCAUGCGGCGUUGAGACGUCGACCACCGCCACCAUCAUCGUUUCUGGUGUUGCACCUAAGAUGACAUUUGCUGAGGGAACUGAGACCAGCUUUGUUGCCGAAAGUGGAAACGGAUGCAAGUGUGGAUCAAGCUGCAGCUGCGAUCCAUGCAACUGUUAAGCACAGAAUAUAUCUCGACCCAAAUAAGAACUUGUGUUUGAAUUGAACUGAUUUACUCUUUAUGUUGUUUUGUGUUUUCAUGUAAUAAAUAAAAAAAAAACCUAUGUGGUAUUAAGGUAUUUGGAUUUGUAAUGGAUUUCCAUCGUUAAUAUCUAUUCGUGUAAAGGCAACGCUUUGAAAAAUCACUUGUUUGGGUCUUAAUUUAUAAAAGCUUGAUGUAUAUUUGUAUGAAUGAGAUUGUAUGCUAUAAAAUUGAAAAGAUUGAUGUAUAAUUUAAUAAAUAUUGAUAUUGUAUGU